CUGUUCGAAUCCUAAUCCAAUAUGAGUGCGGGACAGGUGGAAGUCAUCGAAGCCGGGGAGCAGGGCCAACUGAUCGUUGCCGACAACUCUUCCGAGCACAAUGACAUCCAGAACUACUUGGCUUCGUUCAAUAAGGAAAUAGCCGAUCAACCGGCAGUGGUCCGAGGAGGUGCUACAUUAACGACAGUCGCCGGUCAGGCUGCACAGGCUCAGAUAACUCAUGCCAGCGCGUCUGACGGCUCUCCCGCCUACUUCGUAACCCAAACCGCUGAUGGCCAACUACAGUACACGCCAGCAUCCACCGGAGGCACCUACUACACGACAGCCGAAGGAACAACCUAUUACACCACCGACCCGAAUGCGGCCGAGGCCGGACCUAUCGUGCUGGUUGAUGGCAGUCAACUUCAGGUGUCCGGAGUCAAUGUCGCUGGCACUGUCGGUCAAGUUGGUAUUGCGCACUAG